AUGAGCAAAGCAACGAUUGAGCAAGCCCUCACGGGCCUCAUUCCCACUCUGUCUGGUACAAUUCCUCCAGAGCUCGUUGAUCUCGCAUUGUCUUUGCUUGCGCGAUCUCGCAGCGUCGCACAUUCCCUGAAGCCGGACGAAGAGAUCGCAAGACCAUAUGCAUGUGCGCAAUUAGCGUGUGAAAGGCUGAAGAAGCGCCUCAAUCUCCCCGCUAUCGCACCCCGACCGCCAUGUCCACCGCGCAUUUACAAGAAGCUAUACAACUACCUCGAGAGCGCUCUCCCCGCGCCAGCAGCGACUAUAAGAGAACCUCAGACACCUCGCAAACCCACUUCAAGCGCCCCGCCAUCCGCGCGAGGCACCCCGAAAACACCUAAGACACCAUUGAGCGCCAAGCCGACCCCGAAGAGCACGCGCAGAGACGGGGGUAAACACGAAGAGCUUCCAGAAUGGGUUGCGCCAACUAUUCGCGCGCUUCUCAGGGUAUUCCAAUAUCCCAAUGCCGCAGGACACAUAUACACGGGCGUGGAGAUCAUCCUCCCACUGCUCGCACGAAUGUCUGCGGCGGCGGCCGAAACGCCCAGCAAGCGGCCGAGACGAGCUGCAGCAAUAUCGCAACCAUCGAUAUCUGAAAUAUCGGAAAGUCGCAUACUUGGGCUCAUCGCGGUAGUCUCGUUUUACGUUCUCAAUCGGAUGCUGGACCAAGAUAUCACACCUGAGCAGUUCACUGAAUGGCGCGACAAGGCCGUCGCAACACUCCUCAAACCGCCGCCAGCCAAGGACGUGUCUAAAGCUGACCUAGAAGCCGAAGUCGAAACGCUGAUGCCCAUGGCGCAGGAAGAAGGCUGGGUGAGGAUGGAGUGGUUCCUAAAUGUUCUUCCACCUAGUGCCGAAGAAAUGGAAGGUGUGGAGGUGACGAAUGGAGCACCCCCAGUGAUUGCCAAUCGAAGUCGCAGCUUGCGCGACGGGGGGAGCAGUUACAUAGGGCUGGGAACCAUGAUGCAGGACGCCACUGAUUAUCUGGGUGAGCGCCAACGCGAGGAUUAUGCAAGGUGGAAGGCGGGUAUCAUGGCGCGUGUGGAGGCUGUCGAGGCAUCAUCUAGCAACUCGGGUAUUCAGCUUGCACAUUAA